CACAUGAUCCUGACGUCAGUCUUUACAGUGGUGGCGGUGAUAAACUGUUGAAGACCAGCAAAAUUAACCUCACGGCUAGCUUAUACAAAUACAAAAAGUUGAAACGUGUAGCCAGAAACGUUAGAGGUUUGUGUUACAAACAACAGCGCUUUAUCACCUCACCGAAUCAGCGCGGUUGACUUAUUUUCACUUGCUGUUGUAGUUACGCUAACGUUAGCCUAGCUAGCACAACAUCCCUAACGGGCUAGCUAGCUGCGACCUGUCUGUUAUUGUGUUGCUGUGAUUACGCCCUGACUAACGCUGCAUCAGCCGGAGAGAAACCAGAGAAACAUGACGCAGAUCGGCGGUGUCCAGUCAUGGUGCCUGGGAGUAACGUUACAGUUGAUUUUAGCUGCCGUCCUGCACCAGGGUUUUGCUACUGUUGCCCCGCCCACAACGACCCAAACCACUUCUGCACCGCACAAAGACCUCGGCAGACCUGAAAGAGGAAACUACCUGGUCAAGAACAGCAAUGGUACUGCCUGUUUACUGGCAUCCAUGGGUCUCCAGUUCAACAUCACCUUCACCUCUGUCUCCCAGAAUAAGACUGUGCAGGAUGUUGUGAACCUUCAGCCCAACGUGACAAAGAGCUCUGGAUCAUGUGACUCUGAGCGCACCUCCCUGCGCCUCACAACGGAUGCAGAGAAGACCAACCUCACCUUUUUCUUCACCCUGAAUACCACGUCCAAUAAGUACCACCUGAGUGAAGUGUCUCUGUCAGCAGCCUGGCCAGACAUGAAAGAUCACUUCUCAGUCCAUAACAGCAGUCUCGACUACCUGCGGGGCACCCUGGGGUACUCAUACAUGUGUCGUGAGAAACAAACUCUGAACGUGGCUGAGGAUUUGUCCAUCAACACCUUCCAGGUGCAGGUGCAGCCCUUCGGUCUCACCGGAGAUCAGUUUGGAGCAGCUGAGGAAUGCCAAUUGGAUGAAGAUGACAUGUUGAUCCCCAUCAUAGUCGGAGCAGCUUUAGCAGGUCUUGUCCUCAUUGUGCUCUUGGCCUACCUCAUUGGCAGGAAGAGGAGCCAUGCUGGUUACCAGACCAUCUGAGGUCAACCGUCACUCUCAUGUUCCCAGAGGCCAGAGCAUGCUAUCCCCAACCUUGAGAUUAACCACUGUUUCAUGAGACUUAACACUCCACCCUGUCCCCCUCUAUCUCUGCAUCCUUUAUCUCCCUGCCCUUGUGUGUGCUGUUCUUUGCCCUCAUCAGUAACACUAGUCAUUAUCACUUUGUGGAGGUUGAUAUGCUCUUUCUGAACUGACCCACUCUGUCAUAACAAAGGGGACUUUGGAGAUUGUAAUGAAAUGAGGAAAAACUCUUUACUGGUACAAUGUAAAGCAGGGGGUGGCUGUUGAUCAGAGGGUCAAGGAGAGUCCUCAAAUUGUGAUGUACAAAUUCUGAUUUCUGUGAAAGGAAUUUUAAGGGAUUGUGGAAUUUGAGGGAAUCGCUUCUAUAGCUUUUCGUACUGUUUAUCUGCUUUGGGGUGACGAUUUUUUAAUGGUUUUGCCCUAAAUGAGGUUUGUUAUUAUAAAGGGAAUAUUUUGGGCUGUUUUUAAAGGUCCAGUAUGUAACAUUUAGGAGGAGCUAUUGGCAGAAAUGGAACAUAAUAUUCAUAUGUAUGUUUUCAUUAGUGUAUAAUCGCCUGAAAAUAAGAAUCGUGUUUUUGUUACCUUAGAAUGAGCCAUUUUUAUCUACAGAGGGAGCGGGUCCCCUUCCAUGGAGGCUGCCAUGUUGCACCACCAUGUUUCUACAGUAGCCCAGAACGAACAAACCAAACACUGGUUCUACAUAGGGCCUUUUGCGUUUUUUUGCGGCCACCAUAGUUUCUCCUACACACUUGGAAAGGGAGGGUGAAGCGAGCGGUAUUCAAAUGGUUGCAAACUGCAAUUUCAACGCUAGGUGCCACUAAAUCCUACACACUGGACCUUUAACUUAAUCCACUCCAGAGAGUAAAGAUCUUACGUUUUUUAGUGUAACUCUUCAUUUAACCUAAGUAUGCAGAUUUUAGGGAACAUGCUAAAAGCACAGUAACCUAAUCCUAAAAGUUAGUUAAGCUAGUUAAGAUGCAAUUAGGAAUUUAUUUUGUCCACCGUUAUUAGUGAUGAUAUGUCCUUCUUUCCCUCAUAAAGGUACUCAACACAUUUUGUAUGGAGACUGUAGCUGCGGUUGUGAGCUUUGUAAGAUAAUUGUGUUAGGGCUGUGGUAUUUUUUUCUUUUUUCACUUAAUUUAAACAUUUUAGGAAAUAGGCAUGUUUGCUUUCUUGCCCAGAGUUAGAUGAGAAGAUACCACUAUCAUAUUGCUAAAUAUAAAGCUACAGCCAGCAGGCAGUUAGCUUAGCACAAAAACUGGAAACAGGGGAAAACAACUAGCCUGGCUUUGUCUAAAGAUUAAAAAAAAAAAUUGUCUACCAGCACCUCUAAAGCUCACCGAAGUAUAAAAACGACACAUUUUGGUUUUACAAGGGGUUAUGUUUCAAAAUAUUUCAUCGUGCUGUAGCUUCAUAUUUACCGUACGGACACGAGAGUGGUACUGAUCAUCUACCUCUAGGCAAGAACGUGAAUUUCCCAAAAUGUCAAACUAUUCCUUUUAAAUGAUAGUAGCCACUCUUUUGGAUUUUGCUGUUACAAUGUGCACACACAACAGGAGUUUAAAAAAACCCUCUACCGUUGGCUUAGGUGGAUGAAAAAGCUCAGGACAUCACUGUAAGAACGUAAUAAUGUUGACGUGUCAUAGUCCACUGGGUGGUUUUGUUUGUUUAUUUUUGUUCCCUGAAUAUGGGCCCAGUUGGGAUUUUGUUUACUGAAGGGAAAGACGUUGCACUAAAGUCCUGAGAAACAGUCCCAUGUAAUGAUUAAAGUGGCCAAAAUGCUCUGGUCAUUGUUCAUCAGUGCCUUCCCAGCUAUAACAUAGAUGGGAUUGAAGUAAAGCCAAUACCACAGAGGUACUCACUCACUCACUCACUGACACUGUGUGCUGCCAUGUCUGGGACAUUUUCUCAUUGUCUCACAUAGCCUUCAUGUACUGUUACUACCAUACAUAUGCAUUGUUUGAUGUAGUAGGAGAAAGUAAAGAUAUGUUUUUUAUGUUUUUUCCCUCCGUCAUCUAAAUAUCCAUGCAAUGAUUUAAUAAGGUUUUAAUGGAUUUGUUUGAACUGUUUUCUAAUGGAGAGGUCAAUAAAAGUGAAUGAAAGAG